AUGGAUAACCACUCAAUUCAGCUCUUAUCGUCAUCAAGCGAUAUCAUCUUUUGUGUUGUUUGUCAGUAAUAGGUACUUUUUAAAUUAUUUUUCUGGUUGUACCGUUAAAUCUACCGAAAGCAACAAGAUGGUGUGGGUUUCCAGCAAAGUUAUUUUUGUGCUGUCUAUUUUUCUGUUUCAAAACACGUUAGCAGUGACGCAAGGCAGAACGUGCGCGGAUAUCACUUGUCCGGAUGGCUCAGUAUGUCGCCAGGAUACCAUAGCGUGUGUCACUGACCCCUGCCCACAGCCUGAACCUGAGUGUGUCGUCCAAGUUGCAGGCAAGCCAGAAGUAAGCAUUCAAGAAACACCGAAAGAUGUGUGCAGUGAGCCGAAGGUGGUCGGCGUGUGCAGGAUGUCUAUCCCAAGGUUUUAUUUCAAUGCUGAAGCUAAUGCCUGUGAGUCGUUUAAAUAUGGCGGCUGUGGCGAGAACGGAAACAACUUCCUGACGCUUCAAGAUUGCCAGAACGCUUGUCCGGGUUCCCCUGCGGUGGCUGUCCAACAGAUCCAAGAAAGAGAGGCUACUUCUUGCAAGGAGAUGGAAUGUCCGGCCGGUACCCAAUGCCAACAGGAGACAAUGGUUUGCAUCACCAGUCCCUGUCCACAGCCCAAACCACAAUGUGUUGCUGUGCCAGCAAACGGAGGCGAAGCAGGCACCCCCGGGUCUGCACAGGACGUUUGUCGAGAGCCGAAAGUAGUGGGUCAUUGUAAAGGUUCACAUACAAGAUAUUUUUUCAACUCGGAGUCAAACUCGUGUGAGGAAUUCACCUACGGUGGUUGCGGAGGAAACGGAAACAAUUUUGGAUCACUUCAGCAGUGCCAAAGCGCAUGCCCAGUGUCAUCUGAAGAGGUCACUCAGCAGAGCCAGGAGGUGAAUCCACUUUGUCCAGUUCCCAGACAAGUCUUCAGAGUAUGUGGCUCCCCGUGCCCGCCCACGUGCUCCAACCUCAACCCAGUGUGUAUGAUGGCGUGUUCGACAGGGUGUGAAUGCCCGCGCAGCGCCCCAGUGCUUCACGAGGGGAGGUGUAUAGCCGCCGAGGAGUGUCCACAAACAGGUGCGAAACCAUCAACCCUUGCAUUUUUAUUCCGCUGCUUCAACCGCCAAUUCUACACCGAUCCUGUGACUGGUAGAAUAACAUGCUAGAACGUUAUAUCACUCCAUAUCUCAACAUACUGUUUAUUGAGCUACAUCCCAAAGCACAGCCAUCUAUAUCUCCCAUGUUAAAAGUUCUGACUUUUUAAUUUAUUGCAGUGUAUAUUUUGUCUUUGUUGUGUAACUUGUAUGUGAGAGCAGAUGUAACUUUACCAGUAGGACUUGCAUGUGCUGAGGCACGUAUUUGUAUAGUAUAUUUUCUUGUAGUUUCGUAUAUGUACAUACAAAAAAAGUAUAUUUUUCUGUUGGGUGUCCAUUGAAUGUAUAGUUACCAAUGUUGUACAGUAACAAAUGCGUUGUACUAGUAUUUAAGCUCAGUUAAAUAUCACCACGUGAUAAUGAAUUCAAAAGUU